AUGUUCCCAGUGUAUAGCUGCGCCUUUGUCGCCUUCUUUAUCGUCGCCCUCACCGUCGCAUCCGCCAUCGUCUUUAUCGCCUCCGCCAUCGUCUUCAUCGUCUUCAUCGUCUUCAUCGUCUGUAUCACCGACUCCGCGCUCGUCUGUGAGGAUAGGAUGCUUGUCAUCCCACGCUGCGCCGCUGAUAAUAGGCGCGGUGACAAGGAGCUUGUAUCAGGGCGGCCGCACCUGCUACGGGACGAGCCGUCGUUCCCCAUCUUCGGCCACUUCCCUGCCGAGAUCCGCUGCAACAUCUGGGCGCAGGCUGUCGAGCCGCGGGUGUUGCGCAUCAACCUCCACACUCAAACCGAGGUCGACGGCGGUGCCCCGACCCCGGCACCCCGCAACGCCAUCCACACACUGCCAGUCAUCACUGCUACGCCUGCGCUGACGCGGACCCUGCGCGCCGCCUUGAACGUGUCGCUGGCCUGCAUCGAGGCCAACAUGGAGAUGCGCCGGGCGUCGCCCGACACGAUGUCGCUGCUGCUGCCCGGCGCGCGCCGCACCGUCCAGGUGCCCUACUGCCGCCGCCGCGACAUCAUCUGCUUCGACCCGUGCCCGCCGCCGCAGCCGCCGUUCCCCGUCGGCGUGUUGGGCAUCGACGUCGGCCCCAUCAGCCCCAAAGAGGCCGUCAUCGCCGUCAACGCCGCCAUCUACUUCCGCUGCCGCCGCCUCCACCUCGUCCACGGCGGGCUCGACUUUGCCGCCCCCGAGACCACCACUAUUUGGGAAAUUAGGUCGCCACUCCACACGGACAGCAACAGCAUCGCUUACGUCCAUAACGGCCAGGUCGACGUCGUCGAGCAGCAGCCUCUCCAUUACGAGGACAAGAUCUUUGACCCAUCCGUGUCAAUCAAAAUGAGGCUGUUCAUCUUCCACAAGGUCUUCAAGUGGAGCUAUAUUGGGCCGAAAAAGGCAAAGACCGCUCGGCUGGGGAUGGGCCAGCUGGGCAUGUAGGAGGCAGGUAUGUUGCGCCGUGUAUGUGUCCGGUUUAGCAUUGUGGGCUUUGGUAAUAGUGUGCAAAAGGGACGGUUUGAACGGGAAAUGGAUUGGGUUUGGCUGAUGGCUGCAAAAAAAAAAAAACCGGCUUCUGUUGCCUUGACUGACCGCCAUUCCCUUGCCAAGUGGUGAGUGUCAUGGGGUGCGGAACGGGGCGGAUAUUCGGGAUGAUUUGGGAUAACCGACGGUGAUGGUGGUGCUUUUUGCCCGUGUGUUGUGUUUGGUCUGAACUCGGAGUUUUGGAUUCUGGGGGUUGGAAUUGGAUCUGGAACUUACGAACCGUUAUGAUUUUAUUGCGCCGACAAAGGGAUAACUGCUACACAAAAUACGCACUUCAGGUUGCAAACACGUUGGCCCGCUUCUUCAUCCGCCGAAUAGUGUCCGCCGAAUAGUGCCGAU